GGGGAGUCCCCCGCCUCCCUUAGCAUCUGUCCGGGGAGUUCAAGAGCUUUCCUACCAGCUCACCCGGAUCUCCCUUGCUGCCCGGCAAGCCGAUUACUCCUUGUCCUGCCUUCACAGGGUGCUGAGAGCAAUUGGUCUCUUUAUAAUGGCCCCUCACAUAUAUGAUGGCUCCUAUCCCGUACCCCCUCAGUCUCAAGACUAAAUGUGCCCAGGUUUUUUUAACCUUUCCUCAUAGAUCAGGUUUCUAAACCUUUUAUCAUGUUUGUUGUGUUCCUCUGGACUUACUUUAGUUUCUCCCCAUCUUUCCUAUGGUGCAGUUCCCAUAAUUGGGUCCAGUACUCCAGCGCUGAAUAGAGUGGGACAGUUACCGCCCAUGUCUUCCACGUAACCUCCAGCUCCCUUUCAGCAGUACUACCACCCUGGUCCCUCAUUAUUUGUAUACAGAAAAAGGAUCAGCCAUGAAAUGUGUAAGAAAAAGAAGCACUGCUGAGCAGUUCGAGACUUGUGGCAUCUGGCUAGACACUGCAAAGUUAAAGAAGCGCAAAAUACAGACUCUCGUAUCCAAGCCAACUUCAAACAUGCCAAAUCCACUUCUUGAGAGGAACUAUAAUAGUCACAUUUCAGUUAAUUUUACUCAGACAAGACUUUCUCAGCCAUACACCAGGCAAACUACCAUCUCUUCGUUCUUCAGCAUUCAACCAACAGGUGACAAGGAUGAUGAAGAAAACUUAAAGACAUAUCCUCUUAUGUCAAAUAAAGGAAAAGGCUCUGAUUUCUUGGCCGCCUCCUCUAUGAAGAGCUCUGGGGCUGCUAAGUUAGAGGAAGCCCAGGCACCAACCUUGAGCCCUCAGGAGGACAACAUUCAGGAGUGUAGCCAGCCUCUUGUACAAAACAGACAAGGCUUGAACAUUCCCCCGUUGAAUUAUACCUUCCCACAAGCACAGUCUAACAGCAGGAGUGAGUGCACAGCCAUUGCAAGGACCUCUGCUGGUGAGACAGAAGACUUUCUCUCCAUAAACUUCACCCAGGAUUCAGAGGGAAAUAGGGUUCUAGCUCACAGGAAUUCAGCUGACUCAUUCACUGGAAGAAUAGCUGUAGCAAAUGGGAUAAUUUCAAGGAAGAGAGAGAGUUACUUUAUAGGAGAGAAAGAUGGCCAUUUGUGCUCCGAGAGGGGGAGAACUAGAGUAGGUCUCAAACCUACACACUUGAUGAAGCAAGGUAAGAGGAGAUGCAAAAACCUGCCCCCUGGUGGAAUUUCUUUUAUGGAUUUGUCAGAGGUUGAGAAUGUGUGUCCUGCACCCAAGGGUAAUGAAGGCCAGCAGACCAAUUGUCCUCUAUCCCAGGGGCGAACAACUAAAGCAGAGCUUUUGAGAGACAGUAGUCAAAAUUUUGCUGGCUUUUGGACAAGAAACUGUCACAAUAUGGCUGGUUCAGCAGAAGAGCAGGGGGCCAGUGCAAGUAGUCCUACCACACAGUUGUUUACCCAGGAUUCAGAGGGAUACAGAGUCAUUUCUCACCAGCGCUUCUAUGAGAGUGUCAGAUCACCGUUGCAGAAAAAGUAUCUACAGGACAAAACCAACUUUGUCCAUAGGGUGCCUAGCCCACCCUCUGUAGACUGCUUUAAGGUUUAUUCUUCAGGGGCACGGGACAGGACUCCUUUAGCUACUACAGCCAUGAAUUUAUGUGAGCCUGAGUCAUGCUAUGAUUUGUUAUUCACAGAGGAUUCAGAAGGAAAUAGAAUUAUCAAACACUGAUUCAGUAGUAAUUUUUUUCUGAGUAAACAGGAUGCUGAAAAAUUGACAUUUUUUAAUAUACAUGAAAAUUCUUCUGAAGCCUACACAGUGCAUCACUUUCUUUAAGAAAGAUACAAGGACUAUGUAAGUGUACACAUUGCAUACACGGCCUUUGGCUAUGAGUGGUAUAGACCCAAACGCACAGGCUACUUACUCUGCAUGCAGGAUUGUCUUUGAUUAAAAAGAGAUUAUAGGUGUGCAAAUAAAGUGAUCAUUUUAUAGUAAAAUGUGUUGUAAUCAAGUUUCCACAUCUGUUCUUUCCGAUGCCCUGCUCAGAUGAACCCAGGCACCAUGUUCUCACACAUUGUAGCUGAGUGAAUAAGCUCUUUGGGAGGGGGGGGGUCACCAAAAAUUGCAUGUUUGGCAAGGCUCUGCUUAGUGGUGGCUCUAUAUAAAAGGAAGCAUGAGGGGUACCUUCAAUCCUACAUGUUGAGGAAUAAGGGCCCAUUACUAUUCAAGACUUAAGGGAAAAAAAGAUACCUUGCCCUUGAUUUAGAACAUUCCCACUCAUCUCAUAAGAUUUGAAUAUUGCAAUAUGGCUCAACAGCUUGGAAGUCCAAGUUAAAGAUUUCCCAACAUCAGCUCCCCAGAGUCCACAAACCUGAGGACCCACGCUGUGUAGUCUAGUGUCUCACAACACAUCUACAGGUGGAUUAUCUGCCCCCAAAAUUUAGGUUCAGCUGCCCGUUCAAGUGGUGUGAAUUCACUGGUACAAGAUGUCUCUGAGGUCAAGAACUUAAGAGUCAAAAAUGGACUGGACAUGUAUAUAGCUAAGAACAGCCCUGGGAUUAUUUAAAAACAAAGUUUGUAAAGGACACAGACCCUCUUGCUUCAGCAUAUAGGGCAAUCCCUAAUUGACAGGUGUUAUGAGGACUGGAACUAAGUUGCUUGCAACUUCCUUUGAAGCAUGUGGUACUGGUUACUUGACUAGAUGGACCCCUGUUCUGGUGUAUGGUAAUUCUUAUGUUACUAUAGCAACAGAAUAAUAAUUUGACUUAAAGGGAGCAUGUGUGCUAUAUAGAAAGCUAUAAUGCUUCUUAAUGGGCACAACUGUCACCUAUACAUCUUUUCCUGCAUCAGUCCCUUCAUUAAAUUAGUAGGAUUAAGCUACUUGGCUCAGUAGCCAAAUCAAAAAUCAUCAUCAUCAGAAACUGUAGUUGUACCAUCCCUACCAAAGGUAGCUGGUGUGGAGAAGGAAGAGAUGUACACAACCAGCAUUUCAGACUGAAAGCCAAAGGUUGUAGCUGUGUACAGGGUGGGAUUCUAGACCAUCAGUGCUAGUUGUGAUUGCCACCAGCGUGCUUAAAUAAAGUAAGAGUACAGUGACAGGUUUACUUAUUUCAAAAUAGUGGUAAUCUCAAGGUUUCUAUUGCCAGAUCUGGCUUCAUAAUCUGCAGGGCCCCACAAUUGCCACAGUAAGGAGGAUGGGGAGGAAGUCACAGUGUGACUUUUCUUGCUGGCCCUACCAGCAGGGGGUUGUAACAGAGCAAGCUUCCUCCCCCUCUCUGAGCCAGUUACUGGCUGCAGGAGUGAAUCUGGACUUGAAGUGUGGUUUUUUCCCCACUGGUCACACUGCCAGAGUAGGGAAGAAUCUGGCUUGGGUACAUUUGAGAGGCCAGUUCACCCCAUUCAAAGGCAGCAUGCUAGUAUAGGGCAGGAAGAUUACACAAAAGUGCAAUCACUUGCAGUAGCUGAUCCAGUAUUGUUCCUAUUAUGUGGGACCAGGUUCCCAUAUUUUCCUCUGACAAUAAAGUAUGUCCACAGAUGCAUGGAUACAGAUGCAUUUUGGGAAAGGGGGCUAAUCUUCCCUAUUGACUCAGCAGCUGGUGUCACAGCAGAGGAUUGUAUCUUGUGCAAUGCAUCUUUGAAAUUAUCAUUCCACACCAAGGACUAAAAUAUGUGCCAGCCAGUCCACCCACUUAUACUAUCCCAUCCUACAACUGACACAAAUCAAGCCUGACAAUCCCAUUACAGCACUGGUGAUAAGUCAGAACGAAUGGGGUUAGAUACCAACUGUAUGUGAUGUGCUUCAGGCAGAACAACAAUGUAGUGUAUAUUUUCCUACAGCACAAGUAUAUUGUGAGAGCUGCUCACUCAACACAUUCCUGACACAGUAGUUUAAACAGGCAUGUGCUGACUUUUCAAUUCUCUGCUAAGUUGCAAGGACAGUAGAGUGACUUCACAAGAAAGCACCAGCUGCUCAAAAGCAACACAGGAGAGACCAGGAAGAGGGAGCCACACGACCAAGUGAUUGCUGGCAGACAGAUGUCAAGUUGAGUCAACAUGGAGAACAUCCAUGCCCUUUGUUGCAGCAGAAACAUCCCAAAACAAUUGCUGCGGCUCAAGACAGUGAUACUCUUCUAUGAACAAUGUUUCAGAUACCAGUACAAGCAGACAGUACCAAUCCUCAAAAAAACCCAGCACAGUUGUUAGCAAG